AUGAUCCUCACGAGGACCCUGCCCUCAGCCAUCCCAGCACCCUUGCCCCCCAGGAUGCUCAUGUUUCAAUAGUAGAUGCAAGUGGACUCAAGAGCAUCACCCAGCAUCCCCAGGAGCUUCCUCCGAUGAUGGCUGCAGCAGCCGAUGGUUUGGGGAGUAUAGCGAUAGACACAACCCAGCUCAACAUGUCCGUGACAGAUCCCACAGCCUGGGCCACAGCCAUGAAUAACUUGGGCAUGGUUCCUGUGGGGUUGCCUGGACAGCAACUCGUGUCUGACUCCAUCUGUGUACCAGGCUUUGAUCCAAGCCUCAACAUGAUGACUGGAAUCACCCCCAUUAACCCAAUGAUACCAGGCCUGGGGCUGGUCCCACCCCCGCCGCCAACAGAAGUGGCUGUCGUCAAAGAAAUCAUCCACUGCAAAAGCUGCACUCUUUUCCCUCAAAAUCCAAGUCUUCCACCUCCUUCCACAAGAGAACGACCUCCUGGGUGUAAGACUGUGUUUGUUGGAGGAUUACCAGAAAACGCUACUGAGGAAAUUAUUCAAGAAGUCUUUGAGCAGUGUGGUGAUAUCACAGCCAUUCGGAAAAGCAAGAAGAAUUUUUGUCACAUUCGCUUUGCAGAGGAAUUCAUGGUUGAUAAAGCCAUUUACCUUUCUGGUUACAGGAUGCGAUUAGGGUCUAGCACAGACAAAAAGGAUUCUGGUCGCCUCCACGUGGACUUUGCCCAGGCCAGGGACGACUUCUACGAAUGGGAGUGCAAGCAGCGGAUGCGCGCCCGGGAGGAGCGGCACCGGCGCAAGCUGGAGGAGGACCGACUGCGGCCGCCCUCCCCGCCGGCCAUCAUGCACUACUCGGAGCACGAGGCCGCCCUGCUGGCCGAGAAGCUGAAAGAUGAUAGCAAGUUUUCAGAGGCUAUCACAGUGCUGCUUUCUUGGAUCGAACGAGGGGAAGUGAAUCGGCGGUCAGCAAACCAGUUCUACUCCAUGGUGCAGUCGGCCAACAGCCACAUCCGUAGGCUGAUGAAUGAAAAAGCUACCCAUGAGCAAGAGAUGGAAGAAGCCAAGGAGAAUUUUAAAAAUGCCUUAACUGGGAUCCUCACCCAAUUUGAGCAGAUUGUGGCCGUUUUCAACGCUUCCACCAGACAAAAAGCUUGGGACCAUUUCUCGAAAGCUCAGCGCAAGAACAUAGACAUUUGGCGAAAGCAUUCUGAGGAGCUCCGGAACGCUCAAAGUGAGCAGCUCAUGGGCAUCCGUCGUGAAGAAGAGAUGGAAAUGUCAGACGAUGAGAAUUGUGACAGCCCUACUAAAAAAAUGAGAGUCGAUGAAUCAGCCCUAGCUGCUCAGGCCUAUGCCCUUAAAGAGGAGAAUGACAGUCUCCGUUGGCAGCUGGAUGCCUACAGGAACGAGGUAGAGUUGCUGAAACAAGAAAAAGAGCAGCUUUUCCGAACAGAAGAAAACCUCACCAAGGACCAGCAGCUCCAGUUCCUUCAGCAAACCAUGCAAGGCAUGCAGCAGCAAUUGCUGACCAUCCAGGAGGAACUGAACAACAAAAAGUCAGAAUUGGAACAAGCAAAAGAAGAGCAGUCCCAUACACAGGCAUUAAUUAAAGUUCUCCAGGAACAACUGAAAGGCACCAAGGAAUUGGUCGAGACCAAUGGCCACAGCCAUGAAGACACAAAUGAAAUCAAUGUGUUGACAGUUGCAUUGGUCAACCAAGAUCGAGAGAACAAUAUUGAGAAAAGAAGCCAAGGCUUAAAAUCAGAGAAAGAAGCUCUGCUAAUAGGCAUCAUAUCGACGUUUCUUCACGUCCAUCCUUUUGGAGCCAAUAUAGAGUAUCUGUGGUCAUACAUGCAGCAGCUGGACUCCAAGAUAUCUGCAAACGAAAUCGAAAUGCUGCUGAUGAGACUGCCACGCAUGUUUAAACAGGAAUUCACAGGCGUAGGAGCAACACUGGAAAAAAGGUGGAAGUUGUGUGCCUUUGAAGGAAUUAAAACUCCCUAACUGUGAAGAGGGAAGUUGGGGGGCAAAAUAACUCCCUGGAAAUGAAACCGUCUGACACCAGCCAGGGCUGUGCAGUCUGAGAGGAGGUGCGGGUCGGUCCAGCACGGGGCCCUGCGGUGCCGUCAAAGCCUGACUUUAGCUCCAUCUGUGGCAUUCUCUCGUGAGUGGAAAUGUAAUUGUGUACUAGUUCCUUAAAAUAAACAAAGCUUCAUACUGUGACAGAUCUGUUUCAUAGGAAAACCAAACAAUGAUUCCACAGUCAUAAUGAUAGCAGAAAUCUUCCAAUCUGCUACAUUUGGGAAUAGCUCACCAAGCAAAAUAUUUAAAGUUAAUAUGGUGUAGCAAUGGCUGUUGCUAGGCUAUGGAGUUGUAUAUGUAAUGUAUAGCUGAAAUCAUUAAGUAACAUUUCCCUGAAAGUUUAUCUUUCUGUUUUAGUACAAAAGACAAAAAAAAA